AUGGCUCUGGAGACGGUGAAACUAAUUAGAGACUACGAUCCUGCGAGUCAUAACUCGAAAUCGUGCCCCAAAUACAAGGAGGGGGCGCUAAAACAACAUUGGGGGAAGCUCUGUGCAUCUUCUGGGCACACGCCAGAAGCUCCUCUUACUGUACCUGCCCUGGCCUGCCCUGCGGAAGAGGCCAAGCCUGGAGCCAACGAGGCCAAGACCAGGGCCAGCGAGGCUGAGAACAGGGCCAGCGAGGUCGAGACCAGGGCCAGCGAGGCCAAGACCAGGGCCAGCGAGGCCGAGACCAUGGCCAGCGAGGCCGAAGCAAGGGCAUCCGAAGCCGAAGCCAGAGCAGAGUCUUCGAAAACGGAGGACGCUGAGGCCAGGGCCGAGGUGGCCGAGGCCAGAGCAGAGGAGGCCACGACCAGGGCAGAGGAGGCCAAGGCCAGGGUGGAGGAGGCCGAGGCCAGAGCGAAGGAGGCCGAAACGAAGGUCGUCGGGGGGAAAGCACAGAUGGCCUUCAUGCUCGACGAUCUUCUCCCUGCUUUGGAACGUAUGACUGAAUUUACAAAUAUCUGGAAACUCCCAGGUUAUAUCAGUCCUUUUAUGAGUAGCUAUAAAUGGUGA